GGCCCGCUGUGGACUACGAUUUUUGGACUUGGACUUUAUUCUGCCCGGUCCACUUGCCACUGUCUCGAAUACAUAAGCCUGUUCUGAAAAUGGUGUCGUUUAGAGGCACCUGUGUGCUUCUCGCCGUGCUACCGCGGGUCUUUCCUGCUGCAGCUGCCCCGACUCAGGUGGGCAAUGAGUUAGGUCUGGCCCAGCAUAUACCAGACAACCACUUUCCCUGUGGGUCUGGGGAGUGUGACAACGGGGAGGGUGAUGAAAAUGAUGAUAAGGAUCACUGCAGAGUUCAUGGCAAGAACCAUGACAAGGAUCAUGAUAAAGGAGAGGAUUGUGAGGACGACAAUGGAGAUGGUGAUGGUGAAGAUGGAGAUGGAGAUAAUACAGCCACUGUGACAAUCACCGACUGCCCCGACGUCCCAACACCAACUGUAACUGUCACCAUCACCACUCCCACAGACGACAUUGGCACCGGCACCGCGACAGUCACAGUCACAGACACGGUGGUCUCAAUCCAUACCAGCACCGACUGCACUGCUACAACCACCGACUACACAACCCUAACUACAGAAGGCCCCGUCGUGACAAGCACUAUCACCACCGCAGGCCCAACAGUAACUUCAACCACUACUGAAACGAUCGCCGACACAACCGUGACAGACCCAGGGGUGACGACAACAGAAACAAUCAGUAUAACGUCUUCCGAAACAGUCACCGACACUGCAACCGAAACAGACUUCCAGACCAUCACAGAGACAGAGACAGAGACACAGACGGAAACAGACACCGAGGUCCUAAUCCAGACCACCACCAUAACUGCAACCGAAACCGAAACCGAAACAGAGACUCAACAGGUCACGACGACAGUGACUGAAACAACUGAAGUCUGCACACCCACAGACGAACCUGAGCCCGGCCCAGACCCAGACCCAGACACCGAUUUCGGCAGCUGCUCAGACCCGUGGAUCACGUAUUUCAACAACGGGUGGACAUACGUGUACACCACGACGAACCAGGGUGACUUCCCAUUCGGCGAGUCCCCGACUAUCCACAGCCCUGGCGCGUUGAUCUGUAAUAGACUGCAGUCCCCCUGUAAUGCGCCUCCUGAGGUUGUGUCGAGGUGCUGGGAGAUCUUGGGAGAGGUGGAUGGGCUUUCUGGCGCUGAUGCUGCAAACAGGUGGAAUGAGUUGAUGGCUGCUGGCAUAUAAUGCAAUAGAAAGACGGUAUAAUACUGC